AUGGCCGUCGCAAGCAAGAUCGCGGGCAACCCGCUGCUGCUGGCCUACCUCACCAACCUGGCCACCAACCCGCUGCGCACAAAGAUGUACACGUCGGCCUUUUUCGCCGCCCUCGCCGAGAUCCUCGCGGGCAAGUUUGCCGGCGUCGCGCCCGCCACCAGCAAGCUGCCUCCGUCGCCCGUGUCCGAGAAGCAGGCGGCGCAGCAGCAGCCGCUCAGGCUCGUCCAGGCCUACCUCGAGUCGGUGGGCAUCAACGACCGCGCCUUCAAGAUGGCCCUCUACGGCGGCUUCAUCUCGGCCCCGCUCGGACACGUCAUGACGGGCAUGCUCCAGCGCGCCUUUGCAGGCAGGACGUCGACAAAGGACAAGAUCCUCCAGAUCAUCACGUCCAACCUCACCGCCUCGGUCAUUGCCAACACCGUCUACCUCGUCUGCCUCUCGCUCAUCAACGGCGCACGCGGCACCGACCAGGUCAUCCGCACCGUCAAGGCCAGCUGGCUCACCGUCAUGAAGCUCAGCUGGCUCACCAGCCCCAUCCUCAUCGCCACGGCCCAAAAGUACCUCCCCGCCGAGCUGUGGGAGCCCUUCUUCACCUUUGCCCGCUUCAUCCUCUCGACCUACUUCAACACUCUGGCAAAGAAGAAGCAGAUGGCCAUCGCCCGCGCCGAGCAGGCAAAGGCAAAGGCCCAGGGCGGAAGCAUCGUCGACUCCGACCUCGCAAAGGGCGCCGCUCAGGGAAAGUAG